AUGUCGCACCUCUCACGGCACCCUUUCUGCCAAACCUUCCCGUCAUGCACGCUACACUCUCUUACCUACUCACCAUUCCUGCUGCAGACCACCAUCAAGCUGAUGUACUGGUCUUUUCUGGUGUACGAUUACCAGGAGGAGAAGGCGGGGGCUCCCUCCCCCUACUCGCCAGACACCGCCCUGCUGCUGUAUGGGCUGGAACACUGGGAGUGCAUGUGGGAGCGCAGCCUGGACACAAAGGCCAUCGUGGGAUGGAGCAGCGACACGGUUGUGAUUGCCUUCCGCGGCACCGCCAGCCUGGCAAACGUCAAGGCAGACCUGCAGGCGUGGCGCAAGCGCUGGCCUGAGGGCGUCGGCAACCCGCUGAUGGGCACCGCCCCCAUGGUGCACCAGGGCUUCCACAGCUGCUACACCGCCAAUGGAUUCAACGACAAGCUUCUGUCCCGCCUGGAGCACAUCCUGUACCGCUGCGCCAACGAGCAGAAGGAUGCGGGCAGCGAGAAGCCCGUCAACGUCUAUGUCACAGGACACUCUCUGGGCGGCGCGCUGGCCACGCUGUGCGCGUAUGACAUCAAGAAACGCUGCCCCUGCGCAGAGUACCUCAUCAACGUCAAGUGCUACACCUUUGGCGCCCCCCGCACCGGCAACCACGCCUUUGCGCGCAUCUACAACGCAGCCGUGCCCGACACCUGGCACCUCAUCAACAAUGACGAUGUUGUGACCAAGGCGGCCAAGUUCUUGGUGCUGUACAAGCGCCCCGGCCACCGCGUGCUGGUCAACAAGCUUGGAGACCUGGUAGUGCGGCCAAACUAUGUGGAGACAGCUAUCCGCGGCGUGCCGGGAGGCGCCUCGGUCAGGGAUCACCUCCUCACACAGUACCAGAAGGCCAUCAUGGCGGUGGUGGCGGGGCAGUUUGGCAGCAAGUCGUUUGCUGCGGGAAGGGAUGGCGUGCUUGGCCUGGCGGAGCAGCGAGGCGUGGGCGAUGUGCUGCACACCGCGGGGCUGACAAGGCGUGAGCUGCGUGUGCUGCGUGAGCGUGGCUGGGACGCCUACCAGCGCCUGGUGCGGCAGAGGGCUGCCAAGGCUAAGAAGGAGCACAGCACGUGGCGGCGGGGUAGCGGCAAGCAGCAGGACUUACCCGUGCAGCUGGAGGCAGUGGUGGUGCAGGGGGAGCCCGGCACAGGCACCCCGCCGCAGCAGGAGCUGCCACUUGGCACAGGCAAGGGAGAGGAGGCAGCAGAAUGGCCGGCAGUCGCAGUUGGCGCAGCGGCAGGCGCCGCGGAGGCAGCAGGCCGCAUGGAGGCGGGUGCCGCGGCGCCAACGCCGCUGACGACGGAGGAGCGGGAUGGCGUGCUGCACACCACACAGAUGAACUGCCGCACCAAGUGUGGCCAGCGCCUGCACACCAUUUGCUCACUGAUGCCCAAGCGGGGGGCAGGAUCAGCAGAUGCGAUGCUGCCAGCGGCGCCGGAGGAGGAUGCGCCGCCCACGGCGCAGCAGCCACAAGCGGUGCAGCUGCAGGCGGUGGCGGAGGAGAGGGAUGAGGAGUCGCCUCCCUCUACCCCUCGUUCGCCUGCGCAGCACCGCAGCCGCAAGGGGCAGCACUGGUGGCAGCGGCCCUGGAAAAGCCUGGCCUCUGCGGUGGACUGGACAACCAGCUCUCUCACCGGCUCCUCCUUCAUGCGCAUCUCCUCCGACGCCUCCUCCCUGGCCUCUGCACCCUCCUCCUCCACCUCCUCUGCCGUGGGCUAUGGCGACACGCGCGGCUCCAUGGGCGACGCCCCCGCCUUCCCGCUGGUGCUGGACCUGGGCGCCAGCGGCGGCGCGCCCCGCCCCGGCGCCCUGCCGGCGACGGCAGAGGAGCUGAGCGGGCGGGCGAUACAGGAGCAUGCAGAGGCCAUGGCAGCAGCUGCAGCCAAGCCAAAACCAGCACCCUAG